AUGGAAGAGCCUCGUCCUUCCCUACCGCUUCCUACACGGUCUGAAGCCUCGCUAAACUCAAGCCACCAAGUCCGGGCCGAGUCAGCCACCCACAAAAACAGCAAGACUUACAAAAAGGACGAGGGAAAGAAAGAGACAAAAGAAAACAUUCAUACCAUACCAUACAGAAAUAUUUAUCCUUCUCUCUUGCCUCCAAAAUCAUACUUUCAAUACCAAGCAAAAGCAAGAUUUCAAAGUGAAAAAGAAAAAAAAAUUGGUUCGAAUUCUAACCCGGGUAUUCCCAAGUUCGCAGAUAGAUAA